GCUACUGAUGAUAAAAAAGUUUGAUUAAAAAUGUGUAGGUUCAUAUGAAUAGUAUGAGAUAAAUUCAGCAUUCAAACAGUGUAAAUUCCGCGCCUUCCAAAAAAGCCAUAGAUUCCAGUGCUUACAUAUGGUUAUAUGGACUACUGGUUAUAACAUUUUGCAGCAUACAAAUGAAUAAUUUUUCUGGAAAAGCUAUCUAGUUGCUGCCAUUUCCAGUAAUCGGCUCCCUGAAUGGAGUCCAUAUGUUUGCCAAUUCUCAUGACGUUCAGCUAGUUUCAACAGUAACUGAUGACUCGAAAAUUGUGUGGAAAUCAUUCUACGACAGCGUGACACUGAUAGCGGUGGCAGAGGAUGACCAUGCAGACGACUGUCACAUGAUGAACUUCAUUGGUUACGUGCUCAGUAUCAUGGUGCUGUUGCUAGGCAGAGAGGAUGUCAAGGCCAUAAAAAAUGUGGAGCGUUUCAAGAAAGAUGUCCGAGUUUGUUUCCCAAUGAUUGACAGGCUUAUAGAGCGGUGUGACCUCCUGACGUUUGGAGACACGGUCAAUGCAGUGGACACUAUAGCCUCCUCAGAAAACACUGUCCUUCAGAGCUUCCUUGAUGCCUUUGCUGAUUGCGCUGCCAGUCCGUACGGAUGUCUUAUGGUGCAUGGUAAGGUUGCAGUGGCAACCAGGAAAUGGUGGAGUCUAACCAGUGAAGAGCUAGUGUUGCUCUCCAUGCUUGUAUCGUCAUUGACACAGUGCUCAUCUAGAGAUAUCCCGGUGUUUUUGCCUAAUCUUAGUCCAGAGGUGCCUCACAGGUUAAUGACGUUCCAGUUGACCCGCAAUGUGGAGGUCUGUGUUCUGUGUGGACCCAGUCCAGGCCUUACAGAGCUGGAAGAAGAGGUCGGGAGAUUCUGGCGAGCAAGUUAUGAUCUGCUGCGCUCCAUUCUUCUAGUUCAUCCUACCAACUUCUCUAUAUCAUCUACUUUAGAUACAAGUUUACUUGGAUUUGUGCUUGUCAACACUGAAACCAACAGAUGCUUAUGUUCGAUAUUCCCUCAUGGAAACGAUGAUGAUCCUUUAGAAGAACAUGAGAGGAGGCACAUACUGAGGUCUUACUAUAAGCAUGUGGUGGGGAAUUUCUUCUCUUCUAAAGUCGAAGGCAGUGGCAAAGGUCCCUCAGAGUUCACUCAUGUUGCUAUGGAUACGUACUUGACAACAGACACUCACAAAUGUUACGCCAUGCUUUCACCACCUCAUCAGAUUUACGCCUUGUACAAACCCAGUAUUCCAACAUUUGCCAUGAGAUCCAUCACAGAAAAGACUUUGUUCGCUUUAAUAAAAGACAAAGGGGUGCAGUUGUAGUAAAUGGAAUAGAUAAAGGGAUGCAGUUGUAGCAAAUGGAAAAGACAAAGGGGUGUAGUUGUAGCAAAUGAAAAAAGACAAAGGGGUGUAGUUGUAGCAAAUGAAAAAAGACAAAGGGGUGUAAUUGUAGCAAAUGGAAAAGACAAAGGGGUGUAAUUGUAGCAAAUGGAAAAGACAAAGGGGUGUAAUUGUAGCAAAUGGAAAAGACAAAGGGGUGUAAUUGUAGCAAAUGGAAAAGACAAAGGGGUGUAAUUGUAGCAAAUGGAAAAGACAAAGAGGUGUAAUUGUAGCAAAUGGAAAAGACAAAGGGUUGCAUGUGUAACAAAUGGAAAAGACAAAGGGGUGUAAUUGUAGCAAAUGGAAAAGACAAAGGGUUGCAUGUGUAACAAAUAGAAAAGACAAGGGUUGCAUUUGUAACAAAUGGAAAAGACAAAGGGUUGCAUGUGUAACAAAUGGAAAAGACAAGGGUUGCAUGUGUAACAAAUGGAAAAGACAAAGGAGUGCAGGUGUUGCAAAUGUUCAGAUUGUACUCAGAAUGGGAAAAAAUCUUAGGGGCUGCCAAAGAAUCUCUGACAUUUCAAGACUUUGAAACUACAAGACAUAGUGUGGACUGUAUUUUGUUUUUUGGUAAUAUUGUUUCUUUUUUCUCAGAAGAAAAGAAAUAUGAUAUGUAGUUCUUUUUGUGCUCUCACAAAACCAUUAUUUUUGUUAUCACUAAUGUAUUUUGAUAUGACUCAGUAUUUUGUAAAAAAAUCUAAAAAUUGCAACUCAUGUCUUAAUUUACAAACUUGACAUAGACUAUUCAUUCAUAAUUUUGUCUGUACAGAGACUGUUUAAAUUCAAUUUUGGAAAAUGAUAUAUGUUUUUAAAAACAAUUCUUAGCAAAGCCUGUAUAUUAUAACUUGUUCAAAUAAAUUCAAGUUUGUUUAAGUACUUUUAGAUUAUCAUCAUAUAGCAAGAUCAUGUCAGCAACUUUAUGUUCACAUAAUUUAUAGCUGCUCAAUCAGGUUUAUGUGAAAUGAAUCAUAAGUGUUUAUUAAACUUACAAGCUACUGCUGUUUUGUAGGACUGUUAUAAUUAAGGAUAUUAUUUGUGCCAAAUUGUUUUGAAAGAGUAAGCCAUGAGCUGUUGCAUUAAUGUAUCAAAAAUGAUCUAAAAGGCAUGUACUAUUGUUAUCCGAAGUAUUAAUGGAUCAGUACUGAACAUGAUCUAAAAUACUUGUACUGUUGUUAUCCCAAGUAUUAAUGGAUCAGUACUGCACAUGAAAUAACAUAGUAAUUGUUAUGAGUGUAUUUGCAUAAUGAUUGAAGAAAAUAUCAAUUGCAAACUUGUUUCCUAGUGGGAAAGAAUCAACAUGUGUUUGAUUACCUAGCACUACAUGUACCUAUAUAAAUCUUUGCAGCAAAGUUAAAACACAAUUUUAGUAAAAUUUGUCAUUAUACCCCCAUUACCACUGGUAAUGGGGGCUAUAUUGGAGUUACUUUGUUGGUCUGUCGGUCUGUCCCGAAAUUUUAUCCGAUCUUCAACAAACUUGGUCAGAAGAUGUAUCUAGAUGAUGUCUAGGUCAAGUUUGAAUACGGGUCAUGCCAGGUCAAAACCUAGGUCACGGGGUCACUAAGUGUGUUUUUAACUGAAAGUUUGUCCGGACCAUAAUUAUGUCAUUUAUCGUUAGAUUUUAAAAUGACUUGGUACAUUUGUUCACCAUCAUUGGACAGUGUGUAGUGUUUUAAAAGUAUGUCAAUAUCUCAAAGGUCAAGGUCCCACUUGGAGUUCAAAGGUCAAAUGCUUGUCCAGGCCAUAACUUUGUCAUUUAUUGUGAGAUUUAAAAAAAUUUGGCAAAUUUGUUCAGCAUCAUUGGAAGGUGUGUCGCACGAAAGAAUUACGAUGAUAUCUUCAAGGUCAAGGUCACACUUUGAGUUCAACGAUCAUUAAUGAGCUUGUCUGGGCCAUAACUAUGUAACUUAUUGUAAGAUUUUAAAAUCAUUUGGCACAUUUGUUCACAAUCAUUGGACGGUGUGUUGUGCGAAAGAAUUACAUUGAUAUCUCCAAGGUCAAUGUCAAACUUAAAGUUCGAAGGUCAAAAAUGGCCAUAAAUGAGCUUGUCUGGGCCAUAACUAUGUUGUUCAUUGUGAGAAUUUAAAAUCUUUUGGCACAUUGGUUCACCAUCAUUGGACGUUGUGUCGCGAGAAAGAAUUACGUCGAUAUCUCCAAGGUCAAGGUCACACUUUGAGUUCACAGGUCAAAAAUGGCCAUAAAUGAGCUUGUCUGGGCCAUAUCUUUGUCGUUCAUUGUGAGAUUUAAAAAUCAUUUGGCACAUAUGUUCACCAUCAUUGGACGGUGUGUGGCGCGAAAGAAUUACGUCAAAAUCUCGAAGGUCAAGGUCACAUUUAGAGUUCAAAGGUCAAAAAUGGCCAUAAAUGAGCUUGUCAUGGCCAUAAAUGUCUUGGUCAUUUUGAGAUUUUAAAAUCAUUUGGUACAUUUGUUCACCAUCAUUGGACAAUGUGUGUUGUGCAAAAGAAUUACGUCUAUGUCUCCAAGGUCAAGGUCACACUUUUAGUUCAAAGGUAAAAAAUGGCAAUAAAUGAUCUUGUCUGGGCCAUAACUAUGUCAUUCAUUGUGAGAUUUUAAAAUGACUCUGUACAUUAAUUUUGUUCACAGUCAUUGGACGGCGUGUCAUGUGAAAGAAUUAAAAGAGUUCAAAGGUCAAAAUGGCUAUAAAUGAUAAUGGCAUAAUAA